AUGGAGAGAUUGCAGCAAAUUGCCAGCCAGGCCACUGCCAGUACGGCACCACCAGCAGCGCCAGCGCACCCUUUGGACCCACUUUCGCGUCAAGAAAUCAAGGCCGUGUCCUCUGUCGUUACCGAGUUUUAUGGUAACCAGAAGGUUGUUUUCAACACCAUCACCUUGAGAGAACCUAUCAAGAGGGCUUACUACGACUGGAAGGAAAGAAACGGACCUGUUCCUCCAAGAUUGGCCUACUACGUUGUUGUGCAAGAUGGCAUCAACGGUGUCGCUGAAGGUGUUGUUGAUAUUCCUUCUUUGACCGUUGUCGAGUCUCGCAAGACCGAUGGCGUGCAGCCUAUUUUGACUCCUGCCGACCUUUCUGUUACCGAGAACAUCAUCCGUAACGAUCCUGAGGUCAUUAGACAGUGUGAGAUUUCCGGUCUUUCCAAGGACGAAAUGGCCAACGUCUACUGUGACGCCUGGACCAUUGGUUACGAUGAGCGUUGGGGCGCCUCGAGACGUCUUCAACAGGCUUUGAUGUACUGGCGUUCUGACGAGGAUGACUCGCAAUACUCGCACCCAUUGGACUUCUGCCCUAUUGUGGACAUGAACGAGGGUAAGGUUGUGUACAUCGAUAUUCCAAACAGAAGAAGAAAGGUGUCCAAGCACAAGCACUCUUCUUUCCACCCUAAGCACAUUGCUGAGAAGUUUGGAACUGCCGAAAACCCAUCUGGUUUCAGACAGGACGACACUCCUUACAAUGUGACCCAACCAGAAGGUGUGUCUUUCAAGAUGGACGGCCACAUUAUGGAAUGGUCCAACUUCCGCUUCCACAUUGGCUUCAACUACAGAGAGGGUAUUGUUUUGUCGGACAUGACCUACAACGACCAUGGUAACGUCAGACCUCUCUUCCACAGAAUCUCUUUGUCUGAGAUGAUUGUGCCUUACGGUAGUCCUGACUUCCCUCACCAAAGAAAGCAUGCUUUGGACAUUGGUGAGUAUGGUGCGGGAAACUGUACCAACCCUCUUGCUCUUGGAUGUGACUGUAAGGGUGUGAUCCACUACAUGGAUGCUCAUUUCACCGACAAGGCCGGUGACCCAUUGACGGUGAAGAAUGCUGUUUGCAUCCACGAGGAAGAUGACGGUUUGUUGUUCAAGCACUCUGACUUCAGAGAUGACUUCCAGACCACCGUGGUUACUCGUGGUAAGAAGUUGAUUGUGUCGCAGAUCUUCACUGCUGCCAACUACGAGUACUGUGUCUACUGGCAAUUCAGACAAGACGGUACCAUCAAGUUGGAGAUCCGUUUGACUGGUAUCUUGAACACUUACAUCUGCGACGAGGAUGAAGAUGUUGGACCAUGGGGAACUGUCGUCUACCCUAAGGUGAACGCUCACAACCACCAGCACAUGUUCUCUUUGAGAUUGGACCCUCGUAUUGACGGUGACAACAACUCUGCCGCUGUGGCCGAUGGUAAGCCAGGUCCAGGUCCAACCGGCCUGUCGCAGAACAUGUACGGUAACUCUUUCCUCUCUGAGAGAACUGUGUUCAAGACCGUGGCGGACUCGUUGACCGAUGCUACCACCACCAGAAGCUGGGACAUCUUCAACCCUAGCAAGAUCAACCCAUACUCUGGAAAGCCAUCCUCGUACAAGUUGGUGUCUACUUUCACUCCUCCUCUUAUGGCUAAGGAAGGAUCUUUGGUUAGAAAGAGAGCACCAUGGGCUGCUUGGACCACCCAAGUUGUUCCUUACAAGGACGAAGGAUUGGGCUAUGGCAGAUUGUACCCAUCCGGAGACCACGUUGCGCAAUGGUCUGGAGACGGUGCUCGUGGUAUGAGAAAGUGGAUUGGCGACGGUACUGAUGCUAUUGAAAACACCGAUAUCUUGUUCUUCCACACCUUUGGUAUCACCCAUUUCCCAGCCCCAGAGGACUUCCCAGUGAUGCCUACGGAGAUUUUCGACUUGAUGUUGCGUCCACGGCACUUUUUCACCGAGAACCCAGUUCUUGACGUGAAGCCUUCGUACACCAGAACCACCAGUGAGGUGAAGGCAGGAAAGGUUGGCACAGACACUUGCUCGUUGAACGUAGACAAGACCUCCAGAUUGGCGUUUGCCAAAACAUCUUCGUGCUGCAAGAAGUAA